CAGGAUAUUUUGUCACCAUGGUCACUGGCAGCAAAUCAGCAUGUUUUGUUUUGUGCAUGUGGCCUAAAGGAGGGCCAUGCAAAAGGGAAGCCGGCUGGUUGGGUCUAACACUUGAUGCCAUGUGCGGUGGAGCCAAAGAAGACACCGCAUAACUUUGAGAAUCAGAACACCAAGAUGGGUUCCACCCAUUCUCCCGUGAUCGGUGACCACCAGUCCACUGACAACGGCUCCACCUGCGACACCUUGUAUGACCACAGGAGCUACGCCCGAGUCUUAAUGCCACUCGUCUAUUGCGCGGUCUUCCUCAUGGGUCUGCUGGGCAAUGCCCUGGCGCUACACGUCAUCCGCCCCAACCUGAAAAAGAUGAACUCCACCACCUUGUACUCACUCAACUUGGUGAUUUCGGACAUCCUCUUCACACUGUCACUUCCUGUGAGGAUCACAUACUAUGCGCUGGGUUUCCACUGGGCCUUGGGGGAGACUUUGUGCAAAAUCUCAGGCCUCAUCUUCUACAUCAACACCUAUGCCGGCGUCAACUUCAUGACCUGCCUGAGCAUCGACCGUUUCAUCGCAGUCGUCCUCCCCCUGCGCUUUUCCCGGCUGCGCAAUGUUAGCAACGUGCGCUACAUCUGUGUCGGAGUGUGGCUGCUGGUCCUGGUGCAGACACUCCCACUCCUUGGCAUGGCAAUGACCAAUGUCGAACCGGGCGGCUUCAUCACCUGCAUGGAAUACCCUAAUUUCGAGAAAAUACACCACAUCGCAAACAUCCUCAUUGGCGGAGUCUUCCUCGGUUACGUCAUCCCCCUAAUCACCAUCCUGUUGUGCUACUCCAUCCUCUGUUCCAAACUCCACUCCACAGCGAAGACCAACCACCUCACGGAAAAGUCUGGACGCAGCCGCAAGGCCAUCGGCGUCAUCUGCUGCGUGUCGCUGGUCUUUGUGGUCUGCUACAGUCCUUAUCACAUCAACAUCCUGCAGUACAUGAUCCGCAAGCUCGUGUCCCGCCUGGACUGCACCGACCUGACUGCCUUCCAGGUGUCGCUGCACAUCACGGUGUGUCUGAUGAACCUCAAUGCCUGCUUGGACCCCUUUGUCUACUUCUUCGCAUGCAAAGGUUACAAGAGGAAGCUCCUGAAGCUGCUUAAGCUUGAGGUUAGCAUGUCCAUCUCCAGCGGUGCCAGAGCUUUGCCCGAAAUCUCCUGCAAGGACAAUAUUGAUGGCAACAACAUUCAGCUCAGCAGUUCUGCUGUUGGCUCAGGCAACAAGAAGCUGAUGGAGAGGAGAUCGCAGCUCUAUGUGUAAACAAGAAGAAUAGUGGAGGGACCGAAGCAAAGACUUUUCGGGCGACAGAGGUCCGAUGUCCACCAGGAGCGUUUCAAAGGUCAUCACAGGCACCAUCUGUUGGACCAUCUGGUUUCUAAAAGAACUUUGAACGUUUACCUCUCAAGAACUUCCCAGUGAAAUGGUUGGCAAUGACACCAACUAGAUUGUACGAACAUUGACCAAUUUCAGGCUAUGAACCUAGACUUGAGCCUUCCUGCUUUGCCUGAAACUACUUCAUUUUUGUUCUAUUUAGCUGUGAUUUCCAGAAGUCACUUAUAAGAGACUGAGGGUUUUUUUUCGACAUAUACAGGGUGUUUUGAAGAAUCUUAAAUAAAUAAAUACAACAAAUCUGAGGCUGUCAAGGGCAUGCCAAUGAUGAAAUGGUUUAUCCACUUAAACCAUCAUCAAAUUUACAUCACUGAAUGACUGGAAUUAGCAUUUUAUUUACCGUUACUGAGAAUAGACUUUCAGCUUCUACGGUCCAGAGCACUCCAUUGCAGCAAACAAAUGGAGGGGAAAAAUGCACUUCACUUAGUGGCGAAGAAGACAACAUCAGAGGUUUAUGUAACAGCUGGUGUACAAAACACGGAGGAAAGCAACCCAGGUGAUGGUGAUAUAUUUUCAUCGAUUUAAAUUGCCUUGAGACAAGAUUAAUCAAUUUUCUCAAAUCAACCACAUUUUCUGUACAUCCUCGAUUUUUAAAUUUGUUAUUUUCAAACAGAUUUACAGUUGUUGUUCCUGUCCCAGAUGAGGUUUCUCAUUCAGAAAGUGGCUGUGGUUAAAAAUGAUGUAAUUUCACUGCAGGUGUUGGCAUGGAGAAUAUAAUUCAAAAUAUUCUGUUUAUGCAUACUUGCUGUGGUGAACUGAAAAUAAGUGGUUUCACAAACUUUCAUGCGAAAUCAAAGGAUGACUAUCCAAUGUCAGUGAAAAUGGUUUUGGAGUAAUUUCCCAAAAUAAAUGAUGAAGAUGUCAUUCUCUGGGAUUUACAAGGCAUAUUCCGAUUAUUCUUUAAAAAAAAAAAAAAGAAAAUCUAUGAAUUUUUAAAAUCAAAAGCUUUCUGUUUUCCUUUGGUUAGGUGAUGGCCCUACUGCGUUAACCAUAUCAGACCUGUAUUAGUUUUGGUAGAGACAGCACAUAAAAUGAACAAAAUUAGAGUACAAAUCAGAAUUCUGAUCUGUAAUAACCAAAGAAUUACAGAUUGUCUGGUUUUGAAAGUGACCUAAAAAUGUCCACAUUAUGUGACGAAAGGCAAGUGAGUCAAAUAAUGAUGUUGCAUUGAGCAAUGUGUUACUUGAUUCCAAUCGGACUGCAUAUUGGGCAUAUUCAGGUCCUCAUGUAUGACAGAAGAUAUGGAGCAUGCAAUUUACAAGUUUCAAAAUAAAAAUAUCUGUCUGUUUCACUCA